GCCGUUACGUCUCUUGCUCGUACCAACGUCUUACACUUUUGUUGGCCUAUAUAAGUAGGGGAGAUGCUCGUCGAUGAUGUCCCUGUCACCCCCGUGCACCCUCACGAGCGGCCGUUCAUCGUUUUCCCACCGUUCCCUGAGCCACCGCCAGGUGCAAAGAUCCCCAUUUGGAGCGAGUUCAAGCCCGCAGGCAUCCAGGUCGUCCUCGACCCAGAUUCCGGCGAGAUUGAACACGACGGCAGAGGCAUCCCCGUUGUUCGACUCGCGUCGAGCCACAGCCUGACGCCUGCUGAAAGAAUGAAGCACAAGAGCAACAAGAAGAUGAAGAAGACGACCGUCGGCCCUGACGGCGUUUCCAAACGCAUGACCUGGUAUGAAGACUGGGAUGAGUUUGAGACGACCAGACGUGCGAACAUUGACCCCGCGCUGGACCGCAUCGGUAGUCUCUAUUCGGCUGCACUCGAGUUCAAAACCUGCCGGCCGUGGCCCCCGCCGUUGACCGAGAGCAAUCCGCUCCUGCUUUGGGACUACUGGCGUCACUAUCUGGGAUUGAUCAGUCAGAUCCAGUCGGAGCCCAAGAAAAGCAAGCAACAGGAUCAGUUGGAGGACGAAGACGAAGACGACGGUGGGGAUGCCGACGCACCUGAGGGCCAGACGACCGUCACAGUGGUCGACGAUGCCGAGGGCCGGCAGCAGAACGAGGGCGAGCGCCACUCACAGCUGCAACCCAAGGAGCUCGACGAAGAAGCCCUCACACGACGCGAGCGCUGGAGCGAAGCGCAGGAGAACAAGAAGGAGGCGUUCCUCAACGAUCCUGAACAGACGGUUAAGAUCUUCUUCUCAAGCCACUGGCGCGACAAGGGCUAUGUCCAUUCAAAGGAGAAGUGCAAAGAGGGUCCAAUCCUCAUCGCCUUCUUCCUCAGAUACCUCAUUCGCAACCGCGUCUUCCCCGAAGAGGAAGCUGCCCUCAAACGUGCAGCCGCGCUCUGCGACCGUGCCAAGGAAGAACUGCCUGCGACGUGGACAGUCGCUCAGACCCUGCCAGACCGCGUCAGCGCCGGAUUCGAAGAGCUCAAUGGCAAUGUGACGCCCGGCAUGUUUGGUGGUGGCAUCCUCCACGAGGCGGCGGACGCAGAAGAUGAAGACGCUGCAAACGACGAGUCCGAGUCCGACGUAGGCGCAAGCAAGGAACCUGACGCCAAGAAGCGUAAACUCGAGUCCCAGUCUGAGGCACUCGACAAGAUGCGGGAGGACGACCCGACGGUAGAGGCCAUCGACCCGAACGCCAUCGACCAUGACUCGGCUGCUGUGCGAGACGCGAUCCGAGACAAUGUCGAUCAGAAUGGUGGGGAGGCUGAAUUCGAGCUCAAGCCGGAUGAACAGCCCCCGAAUUCCUGGCACAAUUUCACCUGGGAUCAGAGCCAGUCAGCCAACAACGACACUGUCAUGGGCAGCUGGGGUACGGCCGCACCGCUCGACUCCGUGUGGAUUAUCGAGCAGAAGAACGCACUCAUCGAGCUCCUGGGCCCGACCGCGCUGCCGUCCACGCAUACGACGGGCGUCAUCGAGCGCUCGACGCGCAAGAUCGCGAAGAUCAUCCGCCCGGUGCCCGCACCCGCGAAGAACGCGAAGAAGCAGAAGGGCCUGACACCCGCGGAAGCGGUCGAGGCGGAGCUCGCGCAGCGGCUCGGCGUCGUCGUGUUCACGCCGUGGGUCAAGGUCGGGAACCACGUCGCGUCGGACAUCACGCCGCCGCAAAUUCUGCCCGACUCGCGCGGGAAGGUCGUGCUGCCGACGCUGACCAAAUCAGACCUGCUGAACCAUGGCCUGCGCAACCCGCCGCCCCCGCCGCCCCCGCCGAAUGACGAAGGCAGCCUAAACUCGCCGUUCGACCCGCGCUCCGACGCGGUGCACGUUCUCGUGGACCCCGAGACGCUCGACAAGCUCGAGCCAUUCGUUGGCAUGGGUGUGCUCGCGACGUUCGUGCAGAUCGCACGCAAGGUGGAACCGGGCGACGACAUGAAGGAAAGGCCGCAGUCGUGGGACAGCAAGAAGAAAAGUAAGCAGCGUGGAGCUCCGGGGAAGAACGGCGAGCCGACGAGAUGGUGGUAUAUGGAGUCGGUCAUGCUUUCGCUCACCAGCUUCCACACGGAUCGGUACUAUGCUGAUCAAGAUGAGUGAGGUCUUCAUCGACGACUCAUAAUUGCUCCAGAUUUCGAAUAACAUUGUACUUGUAUUCGCAUGUGUACCAUGACCUGUAAAUGUUGUUUAGUCUUUUCGAAAGAAAAUUUCCAAAAAUUCGAGAAUAAAUCAUAUUAGA